CGCACAGUGUUGUGAAAAUGGCGACUGCCAGCAUGAAAACUUGUCCGUGCCUCGGACUAACGACGCAGUCAAGCACACUGCUUUUCGUUUUCAUAAUAUUUGUUUCAUCAAUACCCCAAAGUUUUGGAGAUGACUGUAAUAUUCAGGGAUACGAUGUCAAAAUGCUUUCAAAAUAUAACCCUUGGAUAUCGUCAUCAUUCGAUGGAAACAUUACAUACAAAAUUAGCCUGUGCGAAGCUGUGACAGUUUCCAAUGCGGCCAACGAGUGUCCCCUAAAGACUUCCAUCUGCCAGCUGACGAAGGGAAAACAGGCCAUCUCUCUGGGCAACCACACAACCACAUUCAAUGCAACAAAAAAUAGUAAAGAUGGAGAAGUUAUUGCAUUCUUUCGUGGUGACCCUUGCCCAAGUAUGCCGACGGAAUACAGAACAACAAUCAUUUACUUUAAGUGUGGAAAAACAUUGGGCUCGCCAGUGUUCUUGGGAGCUUUUGAAUGUUCCACUUACUUUGAAUGGGAAUCUCAUGUGUUCUGUGAAGACGUUAAUAAACCUGUGGAGGAAGUGCCUUGCUAUCUGUAUCUCAAGAACGAAAAAUAUGACUUAUCUCCCUUGGCUAAAACAACUGGGGCCUAUUUAGUGGACUCGACGGCGAAUCGCCAGUUUUACAUCAACGUCUGCCGAGACAUUACAGGAGCAGGUUCUGGUAAGUGA